UUCUCCCAAUCCCAAAAUUUAUCUCUCUUUCUUGCAUCCUAAGUUAGCUCCUCUCGGUUCCUUUUGAUCUUUCCCUAAAAUGCUUCUCAAUUAUUUCCUCUUUUUUGUUCUCUUCUUCGUUUGCUUCAACAACAAUCAAUCAUGGGGUUUGAUGAGUUCGAACCAACAACCUCAAUUUCUCAAGCUUAUGAAAAACUCUCUUUCCGGAGAUGCUUUGUCCUCUUGGAAUCUUUCUGACACCGCCAAGACUACUCACUACUGUAACUUCAGCGGCAUAAGGUGCGAUGGACAGGGGCUAGUCACAGAUCUUGAUCUUUCCGGCUGGUCUCUCUCAGGGAAAUUCCCAGAUGGUAUUUGCUCUUACUUACCAAACCUCCGCGUCCUUCGUCUCUCUCACAACCAUCUCAAUAGAAGCAGCAGCUUCCUCAACUCUAUCCCUGAGUGUUCUCUGCUUCAAGAGCUAAACAUGAGUUCUCUUUAUCUCACAGCCACACUCCCUAAUUUCUCACUGAUGAAAUCUCUAAGAGCCAUCGACAUGUCUUGGAACUACUUCAGUGGUAGCUUCCCAAUCUCGGUUUUCAAUCUCACUGGUUUAGAAUAUCUCAAUUUCAAUGAGAACCCAGAGCUCGAUCUCUGGACUCUACCGGAAUAUGUCUCGAAGCUCACAAAACUCACACACAUGCUUUUGAUGACGUGCAUGCUUCAUGGUAAUAUCCCGAGAUCAAUUGGGAAUUUGACCUCACUUGUUGAUCUUGAACUUAGCGGAAACUUCCUCUCCGGCGAGAUUCCAAAAGAAAUCGGAAAUCUUUCCAACUUGAGGCAGCUUGAGCUUUACUAUAACUAUCACUUAACCGGGAGUAUACCAGAGGAAAUUGGUAAUCUCAAGAAUCUUACAGAUAUAGAUAUCUCGGUUAGCCGGUUAACCGGAAGCAUACCGGAAUCAAUAUGCACUCUUCCUAAACUCCGAGUGCUUCAGCUCUACAACAACAGCUUAACCGGUGAGAUUCCCAAAUCACUUGGCAACUCGACAACCCUAAAGAUCUUGUCUCUCUACGACAACUACUUAAGUGGUGAACUCCCGCCCAAUCUCGGAUCUUCCUCCCCUAUGAUCGCUCUUGAUGUCUCAGAAAAUCGCCUUUCUGGUUCUCUUCCGACCCAAGUUUGCAAAUCCGGUAAGCUUUUGUACUUUCUUGUCCUACAAAAUAGAUUCUCUGGUUCGAUCCCUCCAACUUAUGGGAACUGCAAGACUCUUAUACGGUUCCGAGUCGCAAGAAACCGCCUCGUGGGAGCUAUUCCACAAGAAGUUAUGUCUCUGCCUCAUGUCUCAAUCAUCGACUUGGCUUACAACAUCCUAUCCGGUCCAAUACCUGAGUCGAUCGGAAACGCUUGGAAUUUGUCAGAGCUGUUUAUGCAGGGUAAUAAAAUCGCCGGAGUUAUACCUCCCGAGAUCUCUCAUACCACUAAUCUUGUGAAGCUUGAUCUCAGUAACAAUCAAUUGUCUGGUCCAAUACCCUCAGAGAUUGGAAGACUCAAGAAACUGAACUUACUUGUGCUCCAAGGAAACCACCUCGAUUCUUCAAUUCCCGAGUCUCUUUCUAAUCUCAAAUCUCUGAACGUUCUUGAUCUAUCCAAUAAUCUCCUCACUGGGAGAAUCCCUGAUGACCUCUCCGAGUUGCUCCUAACCUCGAUCAAUUUCUCUAGCAACCAGCUCUCUGGUCCUAUCCCUGUAUCAUUGAUAAGAGGAGGUCUAGUAGAAAGCUUUUCAGAUAACCCUAAUCUCUGUGUUCCACCGAAAGCUGGUUCAUCAGAUUUAAAGUUUCCAAUAUGUCAAGAGGCUCACAGCGAGAAGAAGCUGAGCUCGAUCUGGGCGAUCCUUGUCUCUAUCUUGAUUCUUAUUCUAGGGGCCAUCAUUGUUUACCUGAGACUACGAUUGAGGAAAAAUAGAGCAGUGAUAGAGCAAGACGAGACCUUGGCGUCUUCUUUCUUUUCCUAUGAUGUCAAGAGUUUCCACCGCAUAAGUUUCGACCAAAGGGAGAUUCUCGAAGCUCUUGUGGACAAGAACAUUGUAGGCCAUGGUGGUUCGGGUACGGUCUAUAGAGUAGAGCUUAAAUCAGGAGAAGUAGUUGCGGUGAAGAAAUUAUGGAGCCAAAGCAGAAAGGACUCAGCUUCCGACGACAGAAUGCAUUUGAACAAGGAGAUGAAAACUGAAGUUGAGACGCUUGGGAGCAUUCGGCACAAGAACAUCGUCAAGCUCUUCAGCUAUUUCUCAAGUUUGGAUUGUAGUCUUUUGGUAUAUGAGUAUAUGCCUAAUGGUAACUUAUGGGACGCUCUUCACAAAGGCUUUGUUCAUCUCGAGUGGCCCAUUCGUCAUCAAAUCGCUGUUGGAGUCGCUCAAGGAUUGGCUUACCUUCACCAUGAUCUCUCGCCACCAAUAAUUCAUCGCGACAUCAAAUCCACAAACAUCUUAUUGGAUAUAAACUAUCAGCCUAAAGUUGCAGACUUUGGCAUUGCAAAGGUGUUGCAAGCUAGAGGGAAAGAUUCAACCACAACCGUCAUCGCCGGCACGUAUGGUUACCUGGCCCCAGAAUAUGCAUACUCCUCCAAAGCAACUAUCAAAUGCGACGUCUACAGUUUUGGGGUGGUGCUAAUGGAGCUGAUCACGGGGAAGAAACCGGUGGAUUCAUGCUUCGGUGAGAACAAAAACAUAGUGAAUUGGGUGUCAACAAAGAUUGACACAAAAGAAGGAUUGAUUGAGACAGUAGACAAGAGAUUAUCGGAGUCAUCCAAAGCCGACAUUAUCAAUGCCUUGCGUGUGGCUAUCCGUUGUACGAGUAGAACUCCAACAAUCCGUCCUACCAUGACCGAAGUCGUUCAGCUUCUGAUUGAUGCCGCGCCUCAAGCAGGACCCGGCAUGACUUCUAAAUCCACAACCAGGAUUAAGGAUGCAAUAUUAUCAGAUAAUCUCACACAAACGAGACUCCAGUCAUGCUUUCUUGGUGAAGAAGUGUAGCAACAGUUCCUAUAACCUCUAAACAGAUAAUGUAUUUAUCAUAGAUGAAAACAGCUUAUAUAGUCUUUUAAUCCUUCUAUGUAUUUAAUAUCUAUCCUUUGAAGACUUUGGUUAUUUCCGGUUAUU